GCAAUAGUUGCGUCCCUAUAUGCUGCUGCAGGUAUGAAGUGUUAACAGUACAAACGAAAGCUUGGGGGCAGUAUUACGUACAAAUCUUUUCAAUAAACGUGUGUGCCUAAUAAGUGCUUCUGAUAAUUAGAUGAAAAUGGGUAUUUCUGCAAGUUCAAAUCAAGCAAAUAAAGAAGAGGAAACUAGUGAAGAUGAGGAUAAUAUGUUCCGUUCUAACGAAUCAUUGGACUCAAACCGGUAUCAAAGUAAUUCCCGUAUUGCAUCAGAUAAUGCCGAACAUAGUUACACAGUCACAAAUAAACUGCCUAAAAUGAAGCCCUUACAGCCGACACUACUACCGAAGGGUAUGACGUGGGAUGAUGUCAUGAGAAUGGAGAAUGAAAUGGAAGAAGCAAAACGAAGAGAACAUUUUUACGACUUGUCCAAAGAUGCAUAUGUGCUAGUGUUCCAUAACGAUGAAUUCGAUAACAGUGCUUGUAACAGGCCCGGUAGUGCAAAGGACAUGGAAAGAAUACAGCAAGUUUUGCAACAUUACCGUUGCGAUAAGCUUGAUAUCAAUGAAAACAAGCCUGAAGAAUAUGUACAGCAAAAGAUGACCGAAAUUUCACAAAAAGACUUCACCCCAUACAGCUGCCUGAUCGUGUUCAUCAUGAGCCAUGGAAGUGUAAACGAUACAAUACUGGCUUCCGAUGGGAAGUGGUUUUACUUCCAGGAAGAUAUCGUAGACAAAUGCACGUCAAACCGCACAUUGGAUGGUAAACCGAAACUAUUUGUUCUACAGGCUUGCCGCGGAAACGAUCGAAUUGUGGCUGAUGCAAGACCCCCCAGGAGCGAUAAAGUGGAUGUAAUUAUUUUCCAAAGCACAUAUCAAGGUUACGUAUCAUUACGUGAUAUUGAGGAGGGCAGCUUUUUCAUGCAAUCUUUCUUAAGAUUGUUGCAUGAAAAAAACCAGCAAAGCAUCAUCAACAUUAACACCCUGCUUAACCGAGAAUUCAAAGAAAAAAAGUAUAUUCUAUCAAAAACAUUUAUUUAUACAAAAACAAAUUAUAUUAUAUUAUAUUACAUUACAUAUAUAAUGCUAAUAUUUUCAGAAUAGCCCAGGUACCCACAAUGACAGUGACCUUGCGGAGAGACUUGAUAUUUGGUGAACUGCUACGAUAAAUAAUAAGGUUCCUGCUUAAAUAUGCGUAAACAAAAAUUGACAGCCGCGCUACAAAAUACAAAGCCGCGGCCGUCAAAUCAAAACAUUCGUUCGUUCUCUUGGGACACUUGCAUUGACAUUAGAUGGUUCUUUGGCAUCUUGGAUUCGAUCAAAUAUCGAACCCGUUUAAUGGUUACAACUACAACUGACUGUUGUCAAGAUAAUUAUUAUAAAUGAAAGUCAACACAGAACAAAUAAUUGAAAUUUUUCAUCAUUUUCAUACAUUACAAAUUUACAAACUAUUUGAGAAAUAAACACAUUUUUUCAAAACUA